GAGAGUCAGAGUUAUCGUGGUUCUGAAAAUCUUGUUCGUGUUCCUGCUGUCUGCUGAUAUAGGGCAUUCCGCAGCCCCAAUUAGCCGACCAAACAGCCCUAAAAUAUACUGUUCGACUGCCGUGGACCCUAAAAUUUCCCAACUUCGGGAAAUCUUCGGCUUCCAUUCAGGAAGGUUCACACAGCCCUAGAUCUUUCUCAUCGAUCGGAUCCUCUUUGGAAGUUAUUGAUGUUUAUUAGGGCUCUAACGAGUUAAUUGUUUACCCACACGGCUCAAUUCUCCCAAUGUUCCUCUCCAAUCUCCGAUCGACGGCGAAUGCAAUGGGCACUCGGGCUUAGCGUUCCGUUGAGGUGCUGCUUGAAUUGCUUAUUCUAGAGGUUUUUGACUAGAAAAAGUAAAUAAUGGGCCUAUCGACUGCCACUACUUCUGUUUCUGAGGCCAUUCAGCUCUGUGUAUUUGAUUCAAGGAGAGGACAACAAGAGGGACAAGAGCUGGAUAAGAUAUUAUUUUUCUAUCCAGCUGAUUUACCCUUUACAAAACAAUUAUAUAUCAUUGGGCUCAGCGAAGGACUUAUCACAUUUACAAGAACAUUCUCCCCAGAGGCUGCUUGUGAGGUCAUUGAAGCAGAGAAGCACUCUCAUGUAUUUUUUGAGGCAGAGCAAGAUAUAUGGAUGAUUUUGGUAGUGGAGAAAAAUAAGGAGUUAGAAGCAAUUUGGCGGAUGGAUGCAUUGCAGAAGCUUCUUAAGGAAAUCCACUCUCUUUUUCUAAUGUUUCACGGAUCUAUAAGGUUAUUACUUGAGAAAGAACCGACAGGAGAAGCUUCCAGAUCACAUUUGUAUUCCUUCAUCACUGAUUAUCUGAAUGCAUGUGAAAAGCGGUCUGCAUUGGCUAGGUGCUGCUGUGAUUUUCUUGUUGGAAAGAAACUACAGUUACCAUCAUUUGUAGACUGUUUAAAGGAACGUGGAACUGUACAGAUGCUGACCAUAGGGCGAGAUGCUGCCAUUGAAGUUCAGGCACUCGUUAGAACACUUGAUUCUUGCAUUGGAAACGCAUCAUGCCACUCUCUGAUUUUAUUUCAGGACUUACUGGUGUCUACUACACUUUCUCCUGAUGACACUACAAAUUUAUUUUCAUAUGCUGUUCUGAGAUUGACUCCACGUGUGUUAUCUUCUGGCACAAGUUCUUGGUCCUAUUUAAUCAGAGGAAAUGCUGCAUCUCAUGUUGCUCAACAUGGUGGAAAUGUUGGUAAUCGUGUGAUACGACCCUUGCAGCAUGGAAAAUGGUCAAAAGGAAAGGAUGGUUUUCUAGAAACUGAUAUUUGGGGUAUGGGGGCAAGUGGCUGGGUUGGUUCUACCCCAAAAAUCUGCCUUUUUCAAACGGAGGAGCAAAUGUACCUGUAUGUAUACCAGAAUAAAAGUCUGACUCUGAUUCUUCUUGUUCCUGUUUCCUCAGUACCUAACGAGGAACUAGGCAUUUCAAUCGUCAGGCAGCAUAUUCUUGAAAAUGCGUCCCUGAAGAUCAUGAAAGUUGAAGAAACAUUGUCAAAGGGCUGGGGUGGGGAAAAUGCUUAUCAUGUUGGUGGGUAUCGUUAUUUACUGGUAGAUGGUGACAGACAAGUAUCCAGGUCUUCACCACCAGGAAAAGUUACCACCCUAUCAAAGGAAUCUUUACUUGCCAUGAGCAAACUCAGAGAAAAGGUAGAUCUGGAGAAGAGUCGUGCAAAACAGGAUAGUGUUGAUGAGGAAAAGGAACUGGAAGUAACUAUCAGAGCAAAAAACAAUGCUUGGGCUAUUUCUCGAAUCACAAGAGGGAAAGAGCUUUAUAUGGUUCUGGAGAAAGCCAACGAAACCCUGCUCUAUGCCUCUGAUAUGGUGGAGAAAUUCAGCAACAGGUACUGCAACGGAGCAUUCUCCUUGGAUUAGAGGGACACGCUUCCACUGUCGUGUCUACGACGUUGUAAAAUAAAGAGCAGAGGUUAGACGGAUGUGCACAGUUUCUAGUUUUUGCUGCUUCAUAAUUGGAAUCUCCCUUGUGUAAAUUUCUAGUAACAAUAAAGUGAAUCCUCUCUCAUUUUCUGUAGAAGAGAGGGAAAAAGUAUAUGCAUAUAUAGGCGUUCAACCAUGGAGAGAAAGAACAUCUAAGCUAUUAAAAGCCUGCAUUUAGUUCUAUUCAUUUAUUUUAGCAACAAUUUAAAACUUGAGCUUCUUCCCUUUUGGUGGAAUUCUCUAAAGAAGCUUAUAUAAUUCUUCUGAUUCUGAAAAUUGUGAAGGAUCUCAGGAAAACUCUUCAUAUCAUGCAUCUGACUUGGUGUUUGGUAAUGGAAUAGAUUUCAAA